GCUACUAUUUUCCCAAGAAGAAGGCACGGACGUACCUUCCACAGAUAUAUCAAGUCCAGUUAUCCUCCUGCCUCUUUCAAUCAGCAAGUCUUUAACGCAUUCAUUACCACAACGCAUAAACUCCGAGACGGCAUCGAGAAACCGAGCAUGGAACGCAAAGAAUUGGCUAUCUCGCAUCAUGAGAACAAUGACAAUAGUCACAAGAGUCAAUCCAGUUCUGUCGAUGACGCGCAUCUUUAUGGAUUUGCGGCCGACGAAUCGACUAUUCGAAAAGGAUAUUUUCGCAGUCCCCGAUUUUUAGGAACAAUGCUGGCGACUGGGCUUGGGUUAAGUGUCGCAGUCGGGGGUUUCGGAUUAGCAGCACCAAAUCUGGCUCUGAUCAACAACGAGAUUGGUCCCGAUCCAAAUAUCAGCUGGGUCUCACUUGUAUACACGUUAACCUUGGCCAUUGGACUGCUCCUGGUCGGCCGAUUGAGUGACCUCUUUGGACGAAGGUGGUUCUUCAUCGGGGCAGCGGGUCUGUCUCUGAUCGGAUGCGUCGUUUCGGCUACCGCGCAGAAUGUUCAAGCGCUAAUUGCGGGGACUGCCAUCAUUGGAUUGGCAGCAUCGGGGCAGCAGUCGUUCGCUACUAUCACCGGAGAGCUUGUACCAAUGAAGCACCGAUUUGCUGCAAAUGCAGUCAUGUAUGUUUUUUGCAUUCCUUUCUCUGCACUGGCUCCCGCGUUAUCGAAGGCGUUCGUGCUUUAUUCGGCUGCAGGCUGGCGUUGGUGCUACUACCUCAUGAUCAUUCUUUCGUUUAUCAGUGGCCUUUUGUUCUUUAUCUUCUACUUCCCACCCACUUUCGAAGACAAGUUCAAGAAUAAGAGUAGGGGACAACAGAUCAGAGAUUUCGACUAUAUCGGAACAGUCCUCUUUAUCGGAGGCUUUGUCAUUUUUCUACUUGGGCUUUCGUGGGGUGGAUCCGUAUAUCCCUGGAAAUCCGCUCACGUCAUCAGCACCAUGGUGGUCGGAGGGCUAGUACUUAUUGCUUUCGCACUUUGGGAGUGUUUUGCCCCGCUGAAGGAGCCUCUGCUUCCCAUGCAUCUCUUCAAAAAUGUUGCGUGGGUAGUUGCCUGCGUCUUACUAGGGAUCGGUGCCAUGAUUUAUUACGCGAUGGCCAUUGUAUGGCCGUCUAUGGUGGCAGUACUGUAUACAGAUGAUGGUGGCGCUAGUAUGUACGCGGGAUGGUUGAGCUGCAUGCCUGGUAUGAUCAAUGGUGGGCAGAUCGUAGGAGGAUUCUUAGCCGUACCAAUUGGGAAGACCCGGAUCCAGGUCAUCGUUGUAUUGAUACUGGGCGGGUCGCUGCUCGCAGCAAUCGCAUAUGCCGGACCAGACGACUUAUGGGGCGCUGGCGUGCUCAUGGUUCUAUCAAGCUUCUUCAUUGGAUGGAACGAAAGCGUCUGCCUUUCGAACGCUGGCAUCGAACUACUUAAUCAGCAGGAGAUUGGUACAGCUAUUGGAGCGGCGGGUUCGAUCAGAUCGGCGAUAUCUUCUCUGGGCAGCGCAGUAUACGUCAGUGUGCUCAGCAAUCGGUUGUUAGAGACCAUCCCUGCAAAGGUCCCGGCAGCCGUGGUUCAAGCGGGUCUACCAGAAUCUUCCGUAGCGGGCUUCAUGGCAGGCCUCACCUCAGGCUCGUUUACUGAUGUGUCUGGACUGACCCCUGAUAUAAUUUCUGCAGGAAUGGCGGCGUACAAGUCUGCAAAUGCGCAGGCUUACCGUACAGUAUUUCUUGCCACGAUCGCAUUCACUGGCCUUGCAGUCAUUCUUAGUUUCUUCGCCCCCAACGUUGACGACAAGAUGACUGGGCAGAUCGCAGUUACGCUCCAUCGUGAAGAUGAUGAUGGAAAGGCAGAAAAGGUCGAUGGUGUUUGAUAGAUUUCGAUACCAUUGCAAACAUCAGUUGCACGCCACACGGCACCUGGAGCACAAAUAAUACAAUAUCAUACAG